UAGAUCAGCUGGCUUUGUCAGUGAAAGAUAUUUCCUUUGCGGAAAAUUGUAUUUUACGAGUGAGUUUUUCUUUAGACUUGAGAUAGAAUUCUUGCAGUUUGCGAAGUAUUGUAGAUGGUAGCGGUGCUUGCUGAGUAAGAGACCACGCUACAUAUGUUGCCAUUGGUGGUGUAACCAUGGCUACGGAGACUCUCAACAAGGCAGAGUAUCUGCUCAGCCUUGUAAAGAGGAACGAUCAUCAGGAGUUGAAAAAGGAAAUCCUUCAGGAGGACGGUACUUUGAAGGAAGGUGUGGAGGAGCUCACAUGUACCAACGACAUUGGAGAGGAAGAGACAUUAUUGGGUCGGUUGCUAUUCUGUGCCUGCAAUAACGGCUGGCUGGAGUGUGCCUGCAUCCUUGCAGACUGUUGCGGAGAAACUGUGAUCAACCAGUUGUAUCUCUAUGAUGAUGAAUGGAGAUACACUCCACUACAUAGAGCAUGUAUACAGGGUUACAUCGAUAUAGCCAAGUACCUUGUCAAGUGUAAAGCCAACGUGGACGAGACUGGUUGGCUCGGUCGAAUUCCUGUUCAUGACGCCGCUUACGCUGGGUCUCUGGAAGUCGUCAAAUAUCUACUGGAACUCCACCCCGAGACUGUCUCUGCGAAGGACAAAAGAGGUGAGCUUCCUGUUCAUCUUGCUGCCUAUAAUGGAAAGCUAGACGUCGUCAAGUGUCUACUAGAUCUCCAACCAGACACGAUCUCUGUAAAGAACAAUCACAGCAAUCUUCUUGGUCAUGAGGAUCACUGUGCUAGCUCUAUGUCUAUUGCUGAUGAAUAUCACCAGUUCGAUACCGACUCGCUCGGAUUCCAGUCGCCUGCCACAUGA